AUGUGCGCAGGACUGGGUUCUUCCUUGACGUGCCAGGUGACCGGGGGGAUCUUCUCCUUCCACCUCGUCGUCCACCUGAUUGCCUCCUGCAUCGACCCGGCCGACUUCGAUGUCAGACUCGUGAAGAACUACUCUCAGCCCAUGCCGAUCUUCGACAGAUCGAAACACGCACACGUGAUCCAGAACCAGUUCUGCCACCUGUGCAAGGUCACCGUGAAUAAGAAAACCAAACACUGCAUUUCCUGCAAUAAGUGUGUAUCUGGCUUCGACCACCACUGCAAGUGGAUCAGCAACUGCGUGGGAAGCCGUAAUUACUGGUUCUUCUUCAGCACCGUGGCCUCAGCCACAGCCGGCAUGCUUUGCCUGAUCACCAUCCUGCUGUACAUCCUCGUCCAGUACUUUGUGAACCCCGGGGUGCUCCGCACGGACCCCAACUAUGAAGAUGUCAAGAAUACGAACACGUGGCUGCUGUUCCUUCCCCUGUUCCCGGUGCAGGUGCAGACCCUGAUAGUCGUGAUCAUCGGCAUGGUCGUGCUCCUGCUGGACCUGCUUGGCUUGGUGCAGCUGGGCCAGCUGCUCAUCUUCCACAUCUACCUGAAGGCCAAGAAGAUGACCACCUUUGAGUAUCUCAUUAAGACCCGCCAAGAAGAGAGUUCAGAACACCAAGCGGCGAGGAAAGAUGCAUGCGCGCAAAUGGAGGAAGGAUUUCUCCAGCAAAGAGACGGCACCCUGGGCUCAUCUGGACAGGGGUAAGUUGUCAGCUUUCUGCAGUUGCUUGGUCACUGAAGAAUAACUGUAUUCUUUUCUUAACUCAAAUGACUGGAAAAUAAUUCACCUAUGAUGAGACAUUUUUGACAUCAUGGGAUGAUGCAGUAGAAGAUAAAAUAGUUUUGUUUAACGUUGUUAAAUUAUACCAAAUUAUCUAUCUCGAUGUGCUUGUCUUACUUGCAGAAACUACAUUCUUCACUCCCUUCUUCAUAACUAACAUCUAAACUAACGCACAAGAAUAAGACCCUCUUAUUUAUUUCUACAUCUCUCCAUGAACACUGUGUGGUUGUGAGUCCGAAUGUGUUUCUGAUGAUCUCUCAUAGUGUUUCGUAUAAAUUGUAAGCUCUGAGAGUCCAACCCGUUUCUGAGUCAAGGUGGUAAGUAAAUGGGAGCUCUGGGGGCGCCGUGACCCUGGAGCCCCGCCCAGCAGGGCCAGG